UCUGUGGACUCUGUGGUCAUUUACCUGGUACUUCAUUUUCAACUGUAACUUGUACCUUUUCUGUCUUUUCUAGAUAUCAUCCCCGGGAAAUGGAUGCAUCUUCAUCUGCAACUCUUCAUCCCUACUGGCCACGGGAUCUUUUGAUUCCUACCUAUGUGGCCAAUGAUCGAUCCAUGUCAGAGAUCCUGGCCUUUUUAUUUUCAGUUUCUGGUGUGUUCUUACUGGCCACUUGGCUAGUGAGUGGUCAGAAAGGUGAACAGUUAGGGACUUGGAGGCGUUUAGCUGUCUGCUGGUUUGCUGUUUGUGGUUUUAUCCAUGGAGUUAUAGAAGGAUGGUUUUCAUUGUAUUAUGAUAUCAUUCCUGGAGAUCAAAGCUUCCUAUCACAGUUGUGGAAAGAGUACUCCAAAGGGGAUAGUCGUUAUGUCAUUGCAGAUAACUUCACUGUAUGUAUGGAGACUGUCACUGCUUGGUUUUGGGGCCCCUUCAGCUUUUGGGCCAUAUAUGCCUUUUUAACCAACAAGCCUUACAGAUUUGUACUGCAACUCAUCAUUUCCUUAGGUCAGUUGUAUGGAGCAGUGCUAUACUUCUAUACUGAACACAGAGAUGGGUAUGCCCACAGUGAACUGGGGCACCCAGUUUACUUCUGGUUCUACUUUGUCUUCAUGAACACCCUGUGGAUCGUCAUACCUCUGUCUCUCAUUGUGGAUUCAUGGAAACAGUUGUCUGCUGCUCAAAGUGCCACUGAUAAUAAUGGAUCCAUGAAAUCAAAGAGAAAAUAAAAAGGUUAAUCAGAACAAAACAGGAACAGCGAAUACAUGAAAAGUUUGUAAAACAUGAUGGACCAAUGCGUAAUUAACCAAUUUCUAUAAGUUGUAAUA